AUGAAAGCCUUUUUAGAGAGGUAUCAUAAGAGAAAAGCAACAGAACAGUUGACACCACCUGAAGCUCCUCAAAUAAGAAAUACAUCCAAUGAUGGUACUUCAGAACAUCAUUCCGAAGAAUUGAACUUGACAAAUCAGUUGGCACCCCCUCAAUCCCAUCGGACAAAUAAUGCAUCUGAAGAUAUUGGUACGUCAAAAUAUUCUGUCAAUGAAAUUAAUGUAGAAGAUCUUCCUGGAGAUCCUGGACUUCGAACUCCGAUUUUAGAGUACCAUCCUAAUGUUCGAGAUCGAGUGCGAAGACAUUAUUUACUGCAAGGUCCUUGUCAACCAAAAAACUAUAAUUUUCCUCAAACAGAAUUUAGUGGUGUUAAGCGAAGGUUUAACGUCAAUUGGUUUAAGGAUCAUCCUAGUUGGUUGGAGUAUAGUAUAGAAAAGGAUGCUGCAUAUUGUUUGCAUUGUUAUCUUUUUAAACCAAAUAUUGGAGACCAAGCAGGUGGUGAUGUAUUUGUUGGUACGGGGUUUAAUAAUUGGAAGAAAAAAGACAAGCUUAAAGAUCAUGUUGGAGGGAUCAAUAGCGCUCACAACAAUGCUAGAAGAAUGUGUGAAGUUUUAUUAAAUCAAAGGCAGCAUGUUGAUACAGUUUUGGUGAACCAAACACAACAAGAUCGGAUUAACUAUCACACUCGUUUGAAUGCAUCAGUUGAUUGUGCUCGUUUUCUACUACGACAAGGAUUGCCAUUUCGUGGUCAUGAUGAAUCUGAUUAUUCAAAUAACCAAGGAAAUUUUAGAGAGCUUUUGAAGUGGCAUUCUGAUAAAGUUGAUGAUAUAAAAAAGGUUGUCUUGAAAAAUGCUCCAAGAAAUCAUCAAUUAACAUCACCUGAUAUUCAACAUGAUAUUGUCAAGGCUGCUGCAACUGAAACUCUCAAUGUCAUCAUUAGUGACAUUGGUGAUGCAUUAUUCUCUAUUCUUGUUGACGAGUCUCGUGAUGUAUCAGGAAAAGAGCAAAUGGCAAUUGUAUUGCGAUAUGUGAGCAAAGGACAAGUAAUUGAGCGUUUUGUCGGUGUUAAGCAUGUCACUGAUACUACUUCUGCAUCACUGAAGGCAGCCAUUGAUCAAUUCUUUUCAGAGAAUGGAUUAAGCAUAUCUAGCCUCCGUGGUCAAGGUUAUGAUGGAGCUAGUAAUAUGAGAGGAGAAUUCAAUGGUCUAAAAGCACUUAUUUUAAAGGAGAAUGGUGGGAGGGGCUUGAAUCAGGAAACCACCCUAAAGCGAGCUGGUGAUACAAGAUGGAGCUCACAUUAUGGUACUUUGAUUAGUAUCAUCAACUUAUUUCCAUCUUUAGUUGAAUUGCUUGAAGAAAUAAAAGAGGAUGGAUCAUCUACAGAUCAGAAACAAGAUGCAAGCAGAUUAUUAGACUCAUUGGAAUCAUUCGACUUUGUAUUUAGUCUGCAUUUGAUGAAGGUUUUGUUGGGGACUACAAAUCAAUUAUCACAAGCAUUGCAAAGAAGAGACCAAGAUAUUGUGAAUGCAAUGAACUUAGUUAAAGUGUGUAAGGAGCAAUUGCAAAAUAUGAGAGACAAUGGAUGGGGUUCUCUUCUUAGUCAAGUUGUUUCAUUUUGUGAAAAACAGGAGAUUGAUGUUCCUAACAUGGAUGAUGUUCCUUUUAUUCCAGGAAAAUCACGGCGUAGAGCUCCAAAGGUCACUAAUCUGCAUAGGUAUCGAGUUGAAUUAUUUUGUGCAGUCAUAGAUAUGCAACUUCAAGAGCUAAAUGAUCAUUUUACAGAGACUACUACCGAGCUACUUCUCUAUAUGGCAUGUCUUAAUCCAUCUAAUUCAUUCUCAGCUUUUAGCAAAGAAAAAUUGAUUCGGCUUGCUCAGUUUUAUCCUAAAGAUUUUUCUGCAGUAUCUCUCUUGGCUCUUGAAGAUGAAUUGGACACUUAUAUAUCUGAUAUGCGAAGCAGUAGUGUGUUUACACAAUUGAAAGGAAUUAGUGACCUUGGAGAAAAAAUGGUUGAGACACAGAAGGACAAGGUUUAUCCAUUAGUUUACUUGCUCAUAACAUUGACGCUAAUUCUUCCAGUUGCAACUGCCACUGUAGAAAGAGCAUUUUCUGCCAUGAAGAUCAUAAAAAGUGAUUUGCGAAACCGAAUGGGAGACAUGUGGAUGAAUAGCAGCAUGAUUACAUAUAUCGAGAAAGAAAUAUUUGAUGAUAUUGAUAAUGAAACCAUCAUGAAAAGAUUUCAAAUUAUGAGCAAUCGUCGUGGACAAUUGUAA